AUGGGCCUGACCUCUCCGGCGCAGUCGCGGAACACGUCCCGGGGCCCCUCGCGGAGCCAUUCCCGGGCCUGCUCCCUGCACGGGGCCGACACCCCGGAGGUGCCGCCUCCGGCGCUUCCAGUGGAGUCAGCCAUUGACAGGCUGCGGGGCGCCUUGGAGCGCGCCAAGGGCGCCGGCCUGGCGCGGGACGUGCUGCUGGCCAAGGCGGAGGCCUUGCUGAGGCUCAAGGAGUCUCAGCGACAGGCGCUGCAAGCCAUGAUCGCCAAGGCGUCCGGCAGCUUCGAGCGCGCGCGGCGCCUGGGGGACGCGGACGCCUUGAAGCAGAUCAAGGAGCAGCUGGCGAACCUGCGGACAGAUGACCCAGUGCAGCUGCGGGAGGCGGAGCAGGUGCGGCGGCGCGUGCACAACGCCCUUGAGGACAUCAAGGGCCAUCUGCGCGUCUUUUGCCGAGUUCGCCCGCUGAGUGACAAGGAGCGUGCCAUGAGGGACGAGGUGGUGGUACGCAUGGCAGACGGCAUGCGCAUAGAGUUACCCCGGAACGGGGUCUUCACCUUCGACGGGGUCUUCGGGCCCGGCAGCCAGGAGGAGGUCUUUGAGGAGUGCAAGGACCUCGUCCAGUCGGCGGUGGAUGGCCACAACGUCACCAUUUUUGCGUACGGUCAGACCGGUGCGGGAAAGACUUACACACUUUACGGCACUCCAGAGCAGGAGGGCAUCGCGGGCCGCGCCAUCACGGAGGUCUUCAAGCUGGUGGACGGCCUGCGGGGCUCCAAAGGCAUCGUCAGCGCCUCCAUGUUUGAGCUCUACCGGAACCGUUUGGUGGACCUGCUCCGCAAGGAGCGCCGGGGCAAGAGCCCGGGGCCCUGCUAG